CGCUAUAUAAAGCGUUCACGCAAAGCUUCAGGCGUGAUUCUUACCUGCAGCACAGUCGGCGUACGCGCGCUACCUUCCCGGUGAUCGCAAAGAUGCAGGCCGUUACGCUGGCUUCCCUCCUCGUCCUGCUGCCCCGUCUGGCGAUGGUCAGCGGCAGCAGCAUAAUGUUCAACGUGUCGUCGGAGGCCACCACCACGGACGUCUCCGAGGCCAGCCGUUCGAUUCCGGUUUCGCUCCUUCCUCUGGCUCUCGCACUCGCUGGUCCGGCCUUUGCCGUAGCCCUGGGCACUCUCAAGCCCGUCCUGCUGGCACUGGGACUCCUUUACUUGGCUCUAUUCGGACUUACGUACGUUCCCGUUGUCGGCGAACUGCUGCAGGCCAGCUUCCGCACAUUCGGCGCCAUCGUCACGGACAGCGUGUCUCCCGACAUGGGGCGUGACUUGCUUCGCGUGGUGGGCCUGGACACCGAAGCCUGCCGCACUCGCGCGGUCUGCGAGAUCACCGAGGAAGCCGUCCGAAAGUACCCCACGGUCGCGGCUAUGUUGCGGUCGCUCACCGGUGCCGUCCAAGCCCACGGUAACAACGAGAGUGUCCUCAAGGGCCUGCUAGGUGGACUGUCCGGUCUUGGCUGCGAGUCGCUUUACUCGACGUGUUCUCAGUCGCCGAUAGGCAGGUUUCUCGAGCACACGUCGUAAAUAUUGAACAGAAAACUAGGUUCUUCAAACUUGGACACUUUUAAACAGCGAUUUUAAACCCUCCUCAUGGUUGAACUGUUGAAGCGCUUAAGCGUUGACUGAAACAACCUUUUCAUCGGUGCGCGUACGCAGGCUCAAUUUUAUUCUCUCGCAAGCGUGCUUAUUUCGCACAGUUCCCACAUCAUCGCAUAUCAACCACUGUGGAUACAAAUAAAGAUAUGCUAUUGACAACGA